AUGUGGCAGCCGCUCAGGCAGUGGCAGUCGUCCACCAGAGCGGGCCCUGACGUGCUGACCGUCUACAUCGCCCUCAACUCACUGCUGGCCAUUGCAAUAGGCCUGCGGGGCCUGCCCUGGUACCUGUCAGUGCUCAUGGCGCUCUGCGGGGCCGGCUCCAUCCUGCUGCUCUGGCUGACUCACCUAUCAGACCCGGGGGCGCUGCAGCCGCGCGCAGAGAAGGACCCAACGGUCGCGCGGCUGGAGGCUGGCCUGCCCGUGCCGGACGGCGGCGGGGCCAGCAACUACCGGCGGGACGCGCGCGGCGUGUGGCUGAGGAGCGAGGAGCUGGAGGGCUGGAACGGACCGCUGGUCUCAAAGUACUGCGACACGUGCCACAUAUGGCGGCCGCCGCGCGCCCACCACUGCGAUGACUGCGGCGCCUGCAUCCAGCGGUUUGACCACCACUGCGGCGUCGUGGGCAACUGCAUCGGCGGCGGCAACCACCGCUUCUUCGCCGGGUUCCUGGUCGCCGCCCAGGCCGGCGUCGCCAUCAGCGCCGGCGGCUGCGUGUGGCGCCUGCGGCUGCGCGGCUUCCCCGCAGAGUGA